AUGGAGACACACAUGGUUGAGAUGUGCAUGGGUGGGAUGUGCAUGGAUGGGACGUGCAUGGAUGGGACAUACAUGGAUGGGACAUACAUGGCUGGGAUGUGCAUGGAUGGGACAUACAUGGCUGGAAUGUGCAUGGAUGGGAUGUGCAUGGAUGGGACAUACGUGGAUGGGAUAUGCGUGGAUGGGAUGUGCAUGGCUGGGACAUGCAAGCUCGAGACAUGCAAGAUGGAGACACAUAUGGUUGAGAUGUGCAUGGAUGGGACAUACAUGGCUGGAAUGUGCAUGGAUGGGAUGUGCAUGGAUGGGACAUGCAAGCUCGAGACAUGCAAGAUGGAGACACAUAUGGUUGAGAUGUGCAUGGAUGGGACAUACAUGGCUGGAAUGUGCAUGGAUGGGAUGUGCAUGGAUGGGACAUGCAAGCUCGAGACAUGCAAGAUGGAGACAUGCACAGCUGAGAUGUGGAAGCUCAAGACCUGCGUGGCUGGGACGUACAAGCUUGAGACACGGAUGUCUGAGAUGAUCAUGGCUGGGACAUGCAGGAUGGAGCCCUGCCCGCAGCUGGAGCGCUGCACGCCCCGGGGGUGCACACCUGAGACACGCCUGCCCGAGCCGUGCACGCCGGUGCCCGACACGUGUGCUCCAGCACCCAUGGGAGCAUUGGGAGAAGCUGGUGAUGCUGGUGGUGCUCCUGCUGCCGGGGUGCCCGUGUGA